AUGGCCGACACGCUGCUGCUGAAUCCGCAGGAGUACUACUACAGCCUGUCAGGUGACAGUCCCUCUCUGAAAGAAAAAUUCCAUGAUAUCGACGACAAGACCCACUUCUACAAUGCCAUGAACCGUCUGGAGGACCCGCACACCCGGAACUUUGUGCUGGACUUUGGCAACGAGGAUGCCUGGAGCGGCGCCGAUCUGGACACGGAGGAGUUGAAACUACUACUAAGCAGACCGAGAGCAAGAUGUUUUGGCACCCGGUGGAUUAACAUCUGGGCGCCAGAGGAACAGAAAGAUACUAUCAAGGCCCUCACCACACACUAUGGAGUUUCAGAACGACUACAGGGGAUGAUGUGCACAGAACCAGUCGUGGCUCUCCCAAAGCCCGUCGCAUUACCGAAAAGAAGACAUACGCGCGAUUUCGACCACUCAGAGAAGCCAACGGGCGAUGUUAAAAACGCAAUUUCCCCCAAGGACCAGUCAGAUCCUGAUACAUUACGGGAUACCGCAUCGUUCAAGAACUUGACCUUUUCUCAAGUCACUGAUCAAAUUUGGCAUUUCUCGUCCGUGGAUCAUGGCCCUCGAUACACUUGCGUCGGCUACAAUACGCUAUUUGUGGUUCCGCACGUGAACAUGCCGAAUGGCAAAGACCUACCAGACGGGAGACGACUGUGGUCCUGGCUAAUUCUUUGCGAAGACGGCACUGUCAUUUCAAUCCAGGAGAAACCGUCCUUAAGAGCACAGACCCAAGAAUCUAUGGAGGACAUGAAGCGCGUUCUCGAAAUCGUGCGCCGAAACGUCCGCUUCGUCUUCGCGGGCGUGUCCCGGCAGUACCUUGCCAUAACCGAGAGCGACUCGCUGGUCACCAUUCGAGUGCGCCAUUUCAACGAUUUCGGUUCAGACCAGUCAAAUAUCAAGCAGGAGGAUGGGCCUAGCCUGCUGUUCUACUAUAUUUUUGAUGACUGGAUGUCCAGCUAUGGAAUCAUUGCAAAACGAGAACACAAAUACGGAGUUGCCCUUGAUCAAAUGAGAGGGAACAUGCUCAAGCAACCUGAAGUCGACUUGGUGGAUGAGUUACACUGGCUAGGUCGCCGGCUGGCAGUCCUGAAGCGGCUCUAUCAAAGCUACGGGCUAAUCAUGCGGCGUCUGUUACAGCGACAGCGCAUGCUCCGCGACGAACUAUGCCAGGUCCAUCCGCCACCGUUAUCGUACGGCGCCACAUUUGGGGAUAUCGAGUUCCCCGACCUGCGGCAGGCGAACCUGGUCAGCAAUCCCAGUCAGCCCGGCGCCAACGAUAAGCCCGUCGGGGUGCAUCUGAGCUCGGCAGCCGUGGCGCGCUUUGAGCGGCUGGCGGAUCGCAUCAAUCUGUACUGCCUGAGCGAGAUUGACAGCUGUCUCACGGAGAAGGAGUCAUUGACGUUCGUGAACUUGAACUUGAUCGCGCUCAAGGACUCGCAGGCCGUGGAGAAGUUGACACGAAUCACGAUCCUGCUGGCCAAGGCGACCAUUAUGUUCCUGCCGGUCAGUCUGAUGACAGGAUACUUCUCGACGCAGCUGCAGGGCAUUAAAGGUGGCAAAUACUCGGUGACGGAAUACUGGGUGGCCUUUGCGGUGAUUCUGGUGGUGUCCAUUUUACUGCUGAUGAUUUUUGGGGUUGCCAGCGACACGGUGGAGGGCAAGACGAUCUACCGGUCGUUGGUGAGAACGUUCUUCCGGACGUCACGCGAGCGUAUGCAGCAGCGCCGGGGCGGAUGA